AUGCUCUGGAAUGCUGGGCACAACACGUGCCGAAAGAUGUUUGCUCAAGCCUCAGCUGCUCGACGUCCAUCGUUUCACAGCGAUCUAAGUGAAUGGAAGGCCUGCUCUGACUUCGACUCGACAUCAAGCGCAAACCCCACAAACACAAAGGCUGAAUGCGCUGUCUACAUUGCGCCGCUUUGUUAUCGUGGAAUUUCGCUUCAUCUGCUGACACGGAAUUUUUUCUAUCAGAGAUACAUUCACAAUUGA